ACAUGCCCAGAGUUCUCUAUAAUUAGGGAGGCUUAACAAGAAGUACAAGAUCAACAAAAGGUUAUGAGCAUGAGUAAGAAAUAGAUUUAAGGGAAAAAAAUUUUUUUUAAAAAAAGUGGUCACCGAAAGGUACAAAAUAAAUAAAAGAGUGACAGCUGUACAGACAUCCCCCCACCCCUGCUUUCCACAGUCCCACAAAGCUCCCUCACAGCUGCAGUCAGGCUUUUCAACUAAUGUCUGCUGUGCAGGAACUGUCUCUUCAGGUAAAUCUCUCUCUUUCCAGCGGUUGCCACUUCUUCUCCUUAGGAUAUUCUACAGCCUUCCAUACGGUGGCGGUUUCUUUCCCCCAUUCCUCAGUAGCUCGGCUCUUGUUUCUUGCCCCAGUUACAGUUUAACUGCUUCUCCCGGUUACCUAGGUAACCUCCCCCCCAACACUGCCUCCUUUUGCAGAGUUGAUUGAAAGCAGAUGCCACUGGCAAAGCAAGCUGGGGAAGUUCUUGUGUGUUCUUGUGUGCCCAUAGCAACCAAUGCAUUGUUGACACCCUUGGUGAGCCAGGAAGCUUGUCGGCAGAGCUCAGCUUGGGCACUGCUCAAUUGCCCUGCCAUUGCCCUCCAUCCUGCUCUCUCCAGAAGGGCAGCAGCCUCUUUGCCAGCUUCUUGUCACGCCAACGUCAGGAAAGGUGAGCAACCAGAAGAUGUCAGCACCGGGUAAAUCGUCGGACGUCCCAGAUGAUGAUGCAUGGAACAUUCACUUACCACCUAUAGCUUUGCCCUCCACAUCCAAGGAGUUGACAGAAACACAAAAAAAGUUGAUGAAAUACCGAAGAGUUAAGGAACAGCAAAAGAUGCUUAAUAAGAUCAUAGUCACUGAGGCUACAAAAGAAUACAAAAAUGCCUUAGAAGCAUUUGCUAAAAGAGAGGCCGAACCUCCUGUUCCAGAAUUGCCUGCUACUAUGAACAGUGAGCAGAAAAAAAUAAGAACCAACUAUCUCUUUAUGAAGAAAUGCGUAGAAAGUAAUCCUGUGGUGCCUAUACAGCAGGAAUGGUUAGCCUCUAUGCUCACUUUGAUUCCUCCAAAUCUAAUGGAAGGCAAGGCCAGAGAGAAACUGGUGGAAGAGCUCUUAGCUGAGAUAACAAAUGAUUAUGAAGCCAGCAUGAAGAGAUAUAUGGUGCGAAGUGUUCUUGUCAAGCCUAAGGUAAUAGGGCUUGAAUAUGAGAUAGAGGGACCAUUGCCAGUUGAACCACUAGGGCUAGACUUUUCCAGGCCUUGGCAUAAAAGCUUUGUACAAGCAAGAAAACAGAUUAACACAAAUUUACAUAUUCUCCAUCCAACUCUAAGGAUUUUAUUGGAUAUUGGUUACAGAACCUUUUCUAAGUUACUCAUAGUAGAUAUGUCAAGUUUCAGGUCUCGAGGCCCAGUUGAAUGUGAAUCACUUCAAAAUGAUGUGUCUAUAAACUGCCUAAAAACAGAAGAAAAAAUAUUAAAUACAUGGUACCCAAGUGUAAUCAAUCUCUUUACCAGAAAAGAAGCACUGGAAGGUGUAAAGACAGACAAAGUUGAUUCUUUUUACAAUUGCGUAGCUACACUUAUGUCUAAUCAGAUUAAGGAGUUAUUGAAAAGAACUGUAGAGCAUUAUGUGCAACUGUUUGAUCUUGAUGACCAAAGAUGGCUGCCUUUAUUUAAGAUGGAGCUGACUUUCGAUUAUGAGAAAAUGGACUUUUAUCCAAGCUUUCAAGAUCUGGAGAGUUCUAUUUUGUUUAUAGUUAAUUUGAUUGCACAGACACUGCAGAAUGUCCAAACAAUACAUACUUGGCUUGGAGGUGGGACCACAGUUACAACUAUAGACACUGAACUCCCUGAACAUGUGAUAACAUGGGCAUCGUCUGCACUAAGAAAAGCAAUUAAUGCGAACUUGAAAGGUCCUAAAGCACAUUUUGAUUCUUAUGUUGAGAAGUAUGGCUGGUUAGUAGAUGGUGCUGCAGAUGAACGUUUAAGACAAUUUGUAUCUGAGGAACAUACUUUUGAUGAAUAUACAGAGUUUAUAGAUGAAUUUCUAUGUCUUUCUAAAGAAAUAAUGAGCUUGCCAAUGUUAGCUCAUUUCCCUAUGGUGCGUUUAGACUGUGAUGAUUUGAAGCAAGGUCUGGUUGAUAAAGCAAGAAGCUUUGCAAAUAAAUUAUUGGACAUAAUAGUUGUAAAUCACAGAGAAGAAAAUGAAAUGAUAUGCAAUGAAUUUGAAACUAUUAAAGAACGUGCAUUAAAAGUUCCUGAAACAACAGAAGAAAUGAUGGAAAGUAUAGUAUAUAUAGACAAGGCUAAAACCAUAGGUAUCCAGAAGUUGUAUGAAAGGAUCAAGGAAUGCCAGCGACGAAUGAAUUACUUUUUAGAUGUUCAUCUAUUUGAACCAGAAGACCUGACACUGAAUGCAACUGUCCUAUUAUGGCCUCAAAAUAUUAAUCCCAUAUUUGAUGAAAACGAUGAUAUUAUUGAACAGUCUAAACGUAAAGGGGAAAGUGAAUUGCUGGCCAAACGUGAGAAAUUGAUAUUGGAAAUAGAAAAACAGACUCGUCGUAUGCAUGAGUUUACUGAAUACCAAGAUUUGGAUCGCAUGCAACAGUAUGUAACCGACAUGAGAGCACUGCAGAAACGCUUACAAGAUGCUGAUGAAACUGUUGCCUUCAUUAAUAAAGAAGAAAAGCUUUUUAAUUGGGAACUGACUGAGUAUCCAGAGUUGGAAACCUUAAAAGUUAACAUUGAGCCAUUCCAAAAACUUUUUGUUUUUAUAUUGAAAUGGCAGCGGACUGAAAAACGGUGGAUGGAUGGUGCUUUUUUAGAUCUCAAUGGGGAAAGUAUGGAAGCUGAGGUAGAUGAGUUUUUUCGAGAAAUCUACAAGACACUAAGGUUCUUUCAACAGAAGCAAAAGAAAGCUGAAAUAGAAAGAAAAAAGUCAGCACAGCGCAGACCAGUGUCAGAUGAGAGAGUAGAGGAAGAAAAGAAGGACAAUCCAACUAUUAGAAUGUGUGCUGUAGUUAUGGAGCAAAUUAAAGACUUCAAGGAAAAUAUCCCUUUGGUGACUAUCCUCUGUAAUCCAGGCAUAAGAACUCGCCAUUGGCAACAGAUGUCAGAAAUAGUUGCAUAUGAUUUAACUCCAGAUUCUGGAACCACCCUAAGAAAAGUUUUAAAGCAGAACCUAACUCCUUACCUAGAGCAAUUUGAAACCAUAAGUGUGGGAGCAAGCAAGGAAUUCUCAUUAGAGAAAGCAAUGCACACUAUGAUGGAGAUAUGGGAUGGAAUUUCCUUCCAAACAAGUUUAUAUCGUGAGACUGGAGUUAAUAUUUUAUCUGCAGUAGAUGAGAUUCAGACUAUUUUGGAUGACCAGAUUGUAAAAACACAAACAAUGAGAGGAUCACCUUUCAUCAAGCCAUUUGAAAAACAAAUCAAGGAAUGGGAAGAUCGUCUGAUUAGGAUUCAAGAGACCAUUGAUGAGUGGUUGAAAGUGCAGGCUCAGUGGCUUUACUUGGAACCAAUCUUUUCUUCAGAGGAUAUUAUGCAACAGAUGCCGGAGGAAGGGCGUCAGUUUCAGACUGUGGAUAGAUACUGGAGAGACAUUAUGAGAUACUGUUCCAAAGACCCCAAGGUUCUUGCUGCUACUUCAUUGACAGGCUUGUUGGAAAAGCUUCAGAAUUGCAAUGAACUACUAGACAAAAUAAUGAAAGGAUUGAAUGCUUAUCUUGAGAAGAAGCGUCUCUUCUUCCCUCGCUUCUUUUUCUUGUCCAAUGAUGAAAUGUUGGAGAUCCUGUCAGAGACUAAGGAUCCUCUCAGAGUUCAACCUCACCUUAAAAAGUGUUUUGAGGGCAUUGCUAAGCUGGAAUUUCUUCCCAAUCUGGACAUUAAGGCAAUGUACAGCACUGAAGGUGAACGUGUGGAGCUGAUUUCAACCAUCUCAACUUCUGAAGCUCGGGGGGCUGUGGAAAAGUGGCUAAUACAAGUGGAAGAUAUGAUGCUGAGGAGUGUACAUGAUGUCAUUACAAGAUCAAGACUGGCAUAUCCAGAAAGAGAAAGAAAAGACUGGGUAAGAGAAUGGCCUGGGCAAGUGGUUCUCUGCGUGUCACAAAUGUUCUGGACAAGUGAAGUACAUGAAGCCAUAGCUAGUGGCCCAGAGGGCUUAAAGAAUUAUUACAACAACCUUCAGCUUCAAUUAAAUGAUAUUGUAGAGCUGGUAAGAGGAAAAUUGUCUAAGCAAACAAGGACUACGUUGGGUGCUUUGGUCACUAUUGAUGUGCAUGCUAGAGAUGUUGUCAUGGAUAUGAUUGAAAGUGGUGUGUCGCAUGAAACAGAUUUUCAGUGGCUUGCUCAGUUGCGAUAUUACUGGGAAUAUGAGAAUGUUCGGGUCCGUGUAAUCAAUUGCAAUGUAAAAUAUGCUUAUGAAUAUCUUGGCAAUUCUCCUCGACUCGUCAUUACUCCUCUCACAGACAGAUGUUACCGCACUUUGAUUGGAGCGUUUUAUUUAAAUCUUGGCGGUGCUCCAGAGGGCCCUGCUGGGACAGGGAAAACAGAGACCACCAAAGACUUGGCUAAAGCCCUUGCCGUGCAGUGUGUUGUCUUCAACUGUUCUGAUGGUCUUGAUUACUUAGCCAUGGGGAAGUUUUUCAAGGGUCUGGCUUCUUCGGGUGCUUGGGCUUGCUUCGAUGAAUUCAAUCGCAUUGAGCUGGAAGUGCUGUCUGUGGUGGCUCAGCAAAUUCUUUGUAUCCAGAGAGCUAUACAGAUGAAACUGGAGAUAUUUAAUUUUGAAGGGACUGAACUGAAGCUUAAUCCCAACUGUUUUGUUGCAAUUACAAUGAAUCCAGGUUAUGCAGGUCGCUCUGAACUGCCAGAUAAUCUCAAGGUCCUUUUCCGAACAGUGGCCAUGAUGGUUCCUAACUAUGCCCUCAUUGCUGAAAUCUCUCUCUACUCCUAUGGGUUUCUGAAUGCCAAGCCAUUGUCAGUGAAAAUAGUAAUGACCUACAGAUUGUGCUCAGAACAGCUUUCAUCUCAGUUCCAUUAUGACUAUGGUAUGCGUGCAGUCAAAGCUGUGUUAAUAGCUGCUGGUAACCUAAAACUGAAAUUCCCAGUAGAAAAUGAAGACAUACUGCUUCUUCGAUCAAUCAAGGAUGUGAAUGAGCCUAAGUUUUUGUCACAUGACAUACCUCUUUUCAUAGGCAUUACAAGUGAUUUAUUCCCAGGUAUUAAGCUUCCUGAAGCUGACUACAAUGAUUUUUUGGAAUGUGCACAAGAAUCCUGUAAAACACAUAAUGUCCAACCAGUGAAAGUUUUUCUAGAAAAGAUGAUACAAACCUAUGAAAUGAUGAUAGUUAGACAUGGUUUUAUGCUUGUAGGAGAGCCUUUCGCUGGAAAGACCAAAGUUCUACAUGUAUUGGCAGAUACACUUACCCUUAUGAAUCAUCGUGGGUAUGGGGAAGAAGAAAAAGUAGUGUUUAGGACUGUGAAUCCAAAAGCUAUUACUAUGGGUCAACUUUUUGGACGAUUUGAUCCAGUAUCUCAUGAGUGGACAGAUGGCAUAGUUGCCAACACUUUUCGAGAAUUUGCUCUAACUGAGACACCUGACCGAAAAUGGGUUGUUUUUGACGGUCCUAUUGAUACCCUUUGGAUAGAGAGCAUGAACACUGUGUUGGAUGACAACAAAAAGCUUUGUUUGAUGAGUGGAGAAAUAAUUCAGAUGUCACCUCCGAUGAGCCUCAUCUUUGAAGCAAUGGACCUUUCUCAGGCUUCGCCAGCUACAGUCAGUCGUUGUGGUAUGAUUUACUUGGAGCCUUCACAGCUGGGCUGGAAGCCACUUGUAUCUUCUUGGCUGAAUACACUUCCUGAACCCCUUGAUCAAAAUGAGCAUCAAGAACUUCUUCAGGACCUUUUUAACUGGUUAACACCACCUGCAUUACGAGUUCGUAAAAAAAAAUGCAAGGAGCUAGUCCCCACCAGUAAUAGCAAUGCGGUGGUAUCUCUCACUCGGCUUUUGGAAAUGUUGCUUUGUGACCCUGUACAAAAGGAUCCUCAAAAUAAGAACAUCCACAAAUGGAUUAUGGCUUGUUUUGCUUUCGCUGUUGUUUGGUCCAUUGGUGGAACCUGUGAUAGUGAUGGUCGGGUUGUGUUUGAUAACUUUAUGAGGGAUAUUCUAGCAGGAAAGAUAGAAGAACAUCCACUGCCAGCAUCGGUGGGCAAAUGGGACAGUCCGUUUGAAGAGAAAGGAUUGGUGUAUGAUUACAUGUUUGAGCUGAAGGGUAAAGGUCGUUGGGCACAUUGGAAUGAAGCCAUUAAAAACAUCAAUUAUAAUGAUAAAACUGCUAAGAUUCAAGACAUUAUAGUCCCAACAAUGGACACUGUCAGAUAUACCUACUUGAUGGAUAUGUGCAUUGCACAUGGCAAACCACUGCUUUUUGUGGGACCAACAGGUACUGGGAAAUCUGUUUAUGUGAAGGACAAGUUAAUGCACCAUUUAGAAAAGGAACGCUACUUCCCAUUCUUUGUUAAUUUUUCAGCUCGAACCAGUGCCAAUCAGACCCAGAACAUUAUCAUGGCCAGGCUGGACAAAAGACGAAAAGGAAUAUUUGGCCCACCUAUGGGAAAGAAGUGUAUAAUCUUUGUAGAUGACAUGAAUAUGCCUGCAUUGGAACAAUAUGGAGCUCAGCCUCCUAUUGAACUUUUGAGACAAUUUUUUGAUCAUGGAAAUUGGUAUGACAUAAAAGACACAAAUAAAAUUGUACUAGUUGAUGUGCAGCUGAUGGCCGCCAUGGGUCCACCAGGUGGUGGAAGAAAUCCAGUCACGCCUCGUUUUCUGCGACACUUCAACAUUUGCACCAUUAAUUCCUUUAGUGAUGAAACAAUGGUCCGGAUUUUCUCCACUGUUGUGUCUUUCUAUCUCAGAGUAAAUGAAUUCAUCCCUGAAUAUUUCACAGUUGGAAACCAAAUUGUCAGUGGCACUAUGGAGGUAUAUAAAAAGGCCAUGGAAAACCUAUUACCAACACCAGCCAAGUCUCACUAUACUUUCAAUCUGCGUGACUUUUCACGAGUUAUCCUAGGUUGUUUGCUCAUUAAGAAAGAUUGCGUUGUAAACAAAAAUACAAUGAUUCGUCUCUUUGUGCAUGAAGUCUUUCGAGUAUUUUAUGACCGCCUUGUGGAUGACAGUGAUAGAGCUUGGCUGUUCAAACUAACAAAAGAUAUUGUGAGAGAACAUUUCAAAGAAGCGUUUGAUUCAGUAUUUGCACACCUGAGACAAGGAAAUGCACCUGUAACUGAAGAAGAUAUGAGAAGUCUGCUGUUUGGAGACUACAUGAGUCCUGAUCUUGAAGGAGAUGAAAGGCUUUAUUUUGAAAUUCCAAGUGUGCAAAUGUUCAAUGAUGUUGUGGAUUUGUGUUUGGAUGAAUAUAACCAAACUCACAAAAGAAGAAUGAACUUAGUAAUUUUCAGGUAUGUGCUGGAACAUUUGUCUCGCAUAAGCCGUGUCCUGAAACAAUCAGGAGGUAAUGCCUUAUUAGUUGGAAUGGGAGGAAGUGGGCGCCAGUCCUUGACUCGUUUGGCUACAUCUAUGGCAAAAAUGAACAUUUUCCAACCAGAAAUCUCUAAGAGCUAUGGAAUGAAUGAGUGGAGGGAAGAUUUAAAGAGCCUUCUGAGGAGUGCAGGCAUGAAAGGCUUGAAAACUGUGUUUCUUAUCACAGACACACAGAUCAAAGAAGAAGGGUUUUUGGAGGAUGUUGACAGUGUGCUCAAUACUGGAGAAGUUCCUAAUCUUUUUGCAGCAGAUGAAAAACAAGAUGUUAUGGAGGGUGUUCGUGCAGUAGCCCAAGCUGGCAGUAAACAUGAAGAACUCAGUCCUUUGGCCUUAUUUGCUUUCUUUGUGAACCGUUGCAAAGACAAUCUCCAUGUUGUGGUAGCUUUCAGUCCAAUUGGAGACGCUUUUCGCAACCGACUGAGACAGUUCCCAUCUCUCAUCAACUGCUGCACCAUUGACUGGUUCCAGCCAUGGCCUGAAGAUGCUCUUGAACGUGUGGCUAUUAAGUUCUUGGAAAGGCUUCAGCUCACGGAAAAUGAACGUCAGGAAGUUGUUCCAAUCUGUAAACACUUCCAUACUUCUGUGUUAUCACUUUCUGAAAGAUUUUUGCAUGAUUUGGGACGACAUAAUUAUGUUACUCCAACUUCUUAUCUUGAACUGAUUGCUUCCUUCCAACAACUCUUGACUCAAAAACGAGAUGCUGUGAUGAAGGCAAAGAAAAGAUACACUAAUGGCUUAGACAAACUAGCUUUUGCUGAAUCUCAGGUUGGUGAAAUGAAAAAAGAACUAGUUGAUUUGCAGCCUAAAUUGGAGCAGGCUAAAGUGGACAAUGCAACUAUGAUGAAGAUCAUAGAGAAAGAGUCUGCAGAAGUUGAAGCAAAAAGUAGAACUGUAAAAGUGGAUGAAGGGCUUGCUACAGAAAAAGCAGAAGAAGCCCAAGCAUUGAAGAAUGAAUGUGAGAGUGACCUUGCAGAGGCCAUUCCAGUCCUAGAGGCAGCACUGUCUGCACUCGACACCCUGAAACCUGCAGAUAUCACAAUUGUGAAAUCAAUGAAGAAUCCACCUGCUGGUGUUAAACUUGUUAUGGCUGCCGUCUGUGUCAUGAAGGAUAUAAAACCUGAGAAAAUUGCAGAUCCUUCUGGACUUGGAGGCAAGAUUUUAGACUACUGGGGACCUAGCAAAAAGCUUUUGGGUGACAUGAAUUUCCUAAAAGAUCUGAGAGAGUAUGACAAGGAUAAUAUUCCAGUAACUGUGAUGCAGAAGAUUCGUGCUGAAUAUCUGAACAAUCCUGAGUUUGAUCCACCUAAAGUGGCUAAAGCAUCCUCUGCAGCUGAAGGCUUAUGUAAAUGGAUUAUGGCAAUGGAAGCAUAUGACAGAAUAGCAAAGGUUGUUGCUCCUAAAAAAGCCCGUUUAGCAGAGGCACAGAACUCCUUAGCACAGACUAUGGCGUUACUAAAUCAAAAGAGAGCCGAACUUCAGGCAGUUGAAGAUCGUUUGGAAGCUUUGCAACAAACCUUCGUUGAGAAAACUGAAGAAAAGGCUCGCUUAGAAUUUCAAGUGGAUUUAUGUGGUAAAAAGCUAGAAAGAGCAGAAAAGCUGAUUGGAGGACUUGGUGGAGAAAAAUCAAGAUGGUCUAAUGCUGCAAAUGAUCUUCAAGACACUUACGAUAAUUUGACAGGAGAUGUCCUGGUAUCAGCAGGAGUGAUAGCUUAUCUGGGUGCUUUCACUGCUGGUUUUAGACAGGAGUGUACUAAGGACUGGAGUGAACUGUGCAAGGAUAAAAGUAUUCCUUGUUCUGAGAACUUCUCUCUGAGUAAGACACUUGGUGAUCCAAUUAAAAUCAGAUCCUGGAAUAUUGCAGGGCUUCCAACAGACCAGUUUUCUAUAGACAAUGGUGUGAUUGUUGACAAUGCUAGACGUUGGCCAUUAAUGAUUGAUCCUCAGGGUCAAGCAAAUAAAUGGAUAAAAAAUUCUGAGAAAGAAAACAGGCUGAGUGUCAUAAAGUUCACAGACUCCGACUAUAUAAGAACAUUAGAAAACUGCAUUCAGUUUGGAACUCCACUUCUGCUGGAAAAUGUUGGGGAAGAAAUAGAUCCUUCAUUGGAGCCUCUGCUGCUUAAACAAACUUUUAAACAAGGGGGCAUGGAUUGCAUUCGACUUGGUGAAACAAUUAUUGAAUAUUCCUUUGAUUUCAAAUUUUAUAUUACGACCAAAUUAAGAAAUCCACAUUAUCUGCCUGAAAUAGCUACAAAGGUUUCUUUACUCAACUUCAUGAUUACUCCAGAAGGACUUGAAGAUCAACUUCUAGGUAUUGUUGUUGCAAAGGAGAGACCAGAAUUAGAAGAGGAAAGGAAUGCUCUUAUCCUCCAAUCAGCUGCAAAUAAGAAACAACUAAAAGAUAUAGAAAAUAAGAUUUUAGAAACAUUACAGUCUUCUGAAGGGAAUAUUUUAGAAGAUGAAAGUGCAAUUACUAUUUUGGACUCUGCCAAAGUAAUGUCUAAUGAAAUUACAAAGAAACAACAAAUUGCAGAAAAAACUGAAGUUAAAAUAGCACAAUCUCGAGAAGGCUACAGACCCAUUGCAAAGCAUUCAUCAGUAUUGUUUUUUAGUAUUGCGGAUCUGGCUAAUAUUGACCCUAUGUACCAAUAUUCUCUCAGUUGGUUUGUAAAUCUUUACAUCAACUCUAUUCAUGACAGCAACAAGUCUAAAAUUUUGGAAAAAAGGCUACGAUACCUAAAUGAUCAUUUCACAUACAACUUGUAUUGCAACGUCUGCCGUUCACUGUUUGAGAAGGAUAAGCUGCUGUUUUCAUUUUUACUGUGUUGUAAUCUCUUGAUGGCUAAGAAGGAAAUAGAACAUCAAGAAUUUAUGUUCCUGUUAACUGGAGGAGUUGGCCUCAAGAGCAAAUACAAGAAUCCAGAUCCAUCUUGGCUACAAGAUAAAAGUUGGGACGAAAUAUGCCGAGCAAGUGACAUGCAUGCUUUUAAAGGACUACGGAAUCAUUUAGCUGCACAACCCAGUGACUGGCGUAAAAUCUAUGACAGCAAAGAACCUCAGUCUGUUUCCUUACCAAAACCAUGGGAUGAGAACUUGAAUGAAAUAAAGAAGAUGAUUGUUCUUCGGUGUCUGAGACCUGACAAGAUUACACCAGCAAUAACCACCUUUGUGACUGACAAACUUGGGAAGAAAUUUGUUGAGCCACCACCAUUUGAUCUAACAAAAAGCUACGUAGAUUCAAAUUCCACCAUCCCGCUCAUUUUUGUGCUGUCCCCUGGAGCAGAUCCCAUGGCCAGUCUUCUGAAAUUUGCAAAUGACAAAAAUAUGAUUGGAAACAAGUUUCAGUCCAUCUCUCUGGGACAAGGUCAAGGACCAAUAGCGGCAAAAAUGAUUAGAGAAGGAAUGGAGGAAGGAACCUGGGUUUGUUUACAAAACUGUCACCUUGCUGUCUCUUGGAUGCCAAUGCUAGAGAAAAUCUGUGAAGACUUUAAUGGAGAGGCUUGCCACCCCAUUUUCAGACUGUGGCUAACUAGUUAUCCAUCACCCAAGUUUCCUGUAACAAUUCUACAAAAUGGUGUAAAGAUGACAAAUGAGCCUCCUACAGGUCUUCGGUUAAACUUGCUUCAGUCUUAUCUCUCUGAUCCUCUUUCUGAUCCCGCCUUCUUUGCUGGAUGUCCUGGAAAGGAACUGAGAUGGGAGAAACUGCUCUUUGGAGUUUGCUUUUUUCAUGCCCUUGUUCAGGAAAGGAAGAAAUUUGGGCCUCUUGGAUGGAAUAUUCCUUAUGGAUUUAAUGAAUCAGACCUACGGAUCAGUGUAAGACAGUUACAGUUGUUCAUUAAUGAAUAUGAACAUGUUCCAUUUGAAGCAAUAUCUUAUCUUACGGGUGAAUGCAACUAUGGAGGAAGAGUGACAGAUGACUGGGACAGACGGCUGCUACUAACUAUGCUUGCUGAUUUUUACAACUCAGAAAUAGUUGAAAAUCCUCAUUACACCUUUUCUCCUAGUGGCAACUACUAUGCACCACCCAGGGGCACCUACGAUGACUACCUUGAGUUUAUUAAGAAUCUUCCUUUUAGUCAGCAGCCAGAGGUGUUUGGAUUGCAUGAAAAUGUAGAUAUCUCAAAGGAUCUCCAGCAGACAAAAAUCCUUUUUGAAUCUCUAUUAUUAACUCAAGGAGGAAGCACACAAGGGGGGUCUUCAGGUGCUAGUGAUAGCACUUUAUAUGAAAUUGCAGAUGACAUACUCAGCAAGCUUCCAAGUGAUUUUGAUAUUGAAGCUGCACUACUUAGGUAUCCUGUGAGAUAUGAAGAAAGUAUGAAUACUGUGCUGGUACAAGAAAUGGAGCGCUUUAACAAAUUAAUACGAACCAUACGUACAACUUUGGUGAAUCUGAAGAAAGCCAUUAAGGGAUUGGUUGUGAUGGAUUCUAUGCUGGAGGCCCUUUGUGCCAGUCUCCUUGUUGGAAAAGUUUCAGAGACCUGGGCGAAGUGUUCAUAUCCAAGUCUGAAACCAUUGGGAAGUUAUAUUCUUGAUUUCCUAGCUAGGCUGAAAUUCUUACAGGAUUGGUAUGAAUCUGGAAAGCCUGAAGUGUUUUGGCUGUCAGGGUUCUUUUUCACACAAGCAUUUUUAACUGGAGCAAUGCAGAACUAUGCCCGGAAGUACACUAUCCCUAUUGAUCUCCUGGGAUAUGAAUUUCAGGUUAUUCCUAAAGACACUUCAAAUGUUGCUCCAGAAGAUGGUGUUUAUGUCAAUGGAUUAUUUUUAGAUGGCGCUCGUUGGGACAGAGCAAAAGGACUCCUAAGUGAACAGCACCCUAAAAUACUCUUUGACAUGAUGCCAAUUAUUUGGAUAAAACCAAAAAAAAAAUCAGAGAUAAAGAAAACAAAUGCCUAUGUUUGUCCACUCUACAAAACAAGUGAGCGUAAAGGGACACUUUCAACAACCGGGCAUUCUACGAACUUUGUCAUUGCAUUAAUGCUAUUAACUGACAAACCAGUCCAGCACUGGAUUAAGCGAGGUGUUGCUCUCCUCUGCCAACUGGAUGAUUAACUUUGUAUAUCUCAAAAUCAGAUGUGACAAAACUGAACAUAUUUGUAUCCUUUCCCUAAGCAAAGAACUUUGUUACAGACAUCUUUCAAUUUUGACUUUUGAACUGAUCUAGCUUUUCAAGGUACAAUACUUAGCAAUAAAUAAUGAAAUAUCAUUGUUAUUUCUCUGUAAAAAGCUGAUGUAUUUUUCUGUUCUUUUGUAAAAUUCGUGUCAAAAGUCAA